UAAAAUAAUUAAAAUGCCAAAGAAGACAAAAAAGGAGAAAGAGGAGGAAAAGAAAAGGGCUGAAGAAGAAAGACUCAAGCUCGAAGAAGAACAGAGAAUCAAAGAUGAAGAAGAACGCAAACAGAGAGAAGAAGAAGAGAGAAUCAAAAGAGAGCUAGAAGAGAAGAUAAGGCAAGAAGAAUUAGCAAGACUUGAAGAAGAGCAGACGAAAGUAAUCGAGAGAAGUAAUACUAUCUCAAGAUUGACUGUUGAAUCUGAGGAGAGAAAGGAGGAAGGAGAUGAAUGGGAUAAGCAUAUCUCUUGUGACCCUCUUCCUGAUCCAGAAAAUGAAACUGACCUUACAUCAUUUCUCACUUUAUGGGAGCAAGGAAAAGAUAAGGAUAUCAAUGAAUGCAUUGAAAACUGUAGGAUCGCUGAAGAAGUUGUGAUGAAAUUAAAAUCACUUUAUUUUGAUGCAGUGUCAGAACUAAAGACUGACAACAUUGAAUGGUGAUAUUACUACAUUUCCAAGCUCAAAUAAAACUUGUGCUCUUAAAUUUGAUCAACUCACAAAGAAUAUUAUGGAAAACAUCGAAAGUUAUUUACUCUACACUGAGGAAGAAAAGAAGAAAAUGACAGGGAAGAAGAUAGAAAAUAUUAGAGACCAAUUCGAACUCGAAGCCAGAAAUGAGUACUUUAAGAUCGGAAUCAGAGGGAAUCACUCAAAUUUCUCUGGGACUGAAAUGCUUAAGCAUGAGUCCUUAGGAAUCAGCAAUGAAGUUCCAAGAAUAUUCUGUAAGCAGUCUAACCUUCAAAGGUCCGUUUGGAUAUCUAACGACAUUACUUCUUCUGAGAAAAGUCCAUACUUUGCUGUUGGAGGAGUUCUCCGCAUUGAAAUCUUUUCUUUACCUGAGAUGCCAAAGAAGCACAGAAAUUGGAUCAUUAGAAAAGUUCAAGAUGAGGAAGAAGCUCUUCAGGCCAAAAAUUUCUCUGAUUCUGGAGGAAACAUUGAAUCAAUCACUGUUUCCUUCACUAUUCCAGAAUAUGUAUGGAUUGAUGAAGGCAGAGAAGAUGUUGAAGUAGGAUGGUGGAAUGAAGAAGCAAAGGAAUGGCAACUUGAUAAUCUUGAAGAAGUUAAAAUAAAUAAAACUACUAGAGAAGUGUCAUUCAAAACUCUUCAAUUAGCUCCUUUUGCUUACCUCCAAUCAAGAUGCUCAGAUUUCCCAUAUGUUUCAUGGAAGUUAAGAUGUAUUCAGCCAGAUGUUGCUGUGCUAGACAUCCAAACGAAGAGAAUUAAGUUAGUCUUUGAAAUUGGGGCAGACUAUUGCAAACUUAUUGACAUAAAAGAAUCAGAAUUACAAAGACUAGCUAACAAAGAGAUGACUCCAGGUAUCCUUUUGAAAGAACUUAUCAGCUCUGGUAUUCUUCUAGUCCCUAACGAUGAUGACUUUGAACUUGCUGGAAUUUCACCAAAGGAUAAAGAUGCUGAAGAAAGAGCUAUUUGGGAUGUAGUCACCUCUGUUAAUGCAUAUGCCUUCAGAUCAGCAAAAUGGAAUCACAACCCAGCUCUAAAAGAUAACAUCGUAGUAAAAAUUAGGGAAAAUUUAGAAUACGAUAGAGAAUUCUUUGAGGAUUAUGAGCCUGAUUGGAGAUACAUUAUGUGGUGGAACAAUAAAUGUAGCUUUGUUGAUUGCAUUGAUACAGAUGAAAACUUUGACAGAGAAGUCAAUAUCCCUGAAGGAAAUGAGACUCAUGCGAUACUUAGUCUCACUUUGAUGAAUAAUGCCACUGACGAAGCUCUUGAGAGAUGUAAUGACUAUACUCAUAUAAGAUUCAUUCAGACAUUGAAGAAAUUCUUAAGAAUAUUAAGAAUCUUUUCUUUCAGCUAAGCUAGUCGCCAGCUCUCUAUAAGCAAAGGAUUUAUUUAAGAAAUAACC